UUGGUUCAUAAAGCAGUCCUUCAUCUCAAUUCAUUUUUAGGGGCCAACUUUUGUGGGUUGGGGUGGUUAUGUAUAUCAGAAAGCAUAUUUGGAGUUUCUCUGCUCAAGAAAGAAGCUAAAUGCUCUAGUCGAGGAAUGCAAAAACUUUGCAUCUCUGACCUACAUUGCAGUGAAUAAAGGAUGAACUUGGAUUUGUGAAUGCGGUUACAUGGGGGUGUGUUUCCAGACCAGGAGAUUAUUUCAACCAGCAGUUGUUGAUCCAGCCAGCUUUUUGGUAUGGAAGGAUGAGGCUUUUGAAACAUGGUUUAAAUGUUGGGGAUGCCAGUACCCCGAGUUUGAUCUAUCCAGAAAUUUGCAUGACCAGAGGUACAUGACUUCAUUUCUUGAAUUGCUCGUUUGGUCAUUAUAGUUUACCUCUCUUGACCGGCGAUUCUCAGCUCUAGGAGACCUGCGGAUUCUUCCUGAUGAAAUUAUCUGCACCGUUCUGACUCAUCUCUUCCCUAGAGACGUAGCUCGCCUCGCAUGUGUUAGCAGGUCUAACUGCGUUUCAUAACUGAUUAGUCAUGAAUUUUCUGCUCAUGUAUUGAAGCUUCUAUGAUUCUUCUCUCGCAUCCUUUUGUGUUUAUUACGAGCAUGUGCUGCUGAUGUGUUUUUGUGUCAAAUUUAGGAAGAUGUGUGAUUACUAUAAAUCAUUACCAGGUUCCCAUCAAGUGAUUUUGUACUGCUUCUUCUUAUUUUGUUUUUCUUUUACAUUUAACACCGUUGUUCUUGGAUUUGGCUAAUGCAUACAUCACUUCAAUUCCACGUGCUUUAACAAGUUCUAACCUUUGGAUUUGUUUUUCUUUUACAUUUAACAUCAUUGUUUUUCUCUCCUGUAAACGGAUGCUGGGGUCAUUGUGCAAGUGCUGACAACAACAAAAACAUAGACUAGGAGGGAGAUCUUAUAAGAGCACGUCCUUGUCUCUUUUCUAAAACUGUAUCCUGAGAAGAUGUUUUGCAGUUUUAAACACAGUAGCAGCGGCAGUGAUGGGCGAACCAGCGUCAUGGCUCCGGAUAUUUUCGAGGCCUCCAAUUUGUAAGCCUCAGGAACUGAUGAAGACAUUCUGUGGACAUAGGCAAGCUUUAGCUGCAGUAGCCCAUGCAUACAGCAGUGGUAAUCUGGAAGAACUGUUUGAUGGUGUGAGGAAGAGGCCCCAUGGUGUAAUCAUUUUCAAGAAUAUAUAUAUAGAAGAGGCCAACAAUUCUGUGUUAUUUAUCUUGAAGCGAAUUCUAAGGAGUGUUAUGCAUCGGAUGAGAGUCAAAAUGCAGUUGAUUUCACCAAAUCUAUCAAUUUCGUGCUUUUGCACAGACAGUCACCAUUUUGCAUUAACGUUUGAAGUUGCUUGUACAUUCUUAAAUCCAAUUCCUUCAAGGCACAUUUGGGAGCAAUGUCAAGUUCCUCCUCAUGUCGAUGUGUAGCCGUUCUUGAAGAGGCAAGGGGUCGCGUCGGUGCAGAAAUAUUGGAAGUGGUGGAUGAUGUCGCAAUGUUUGGUUUGCUAUUUUCGGGUGCAAGUUUUUAUCUUUUGGUGUAUGCAAGAUGCAUAUCGAGAGAGAUUGCAAAUGAUGUCUGUCGAGGUCUUAUUCUGUACCCUUCUGAGGCAGCAUCGAAGGCAAUCCUUUGCCGUAAAGCGGGGAAUAUCAAUGGAGAGAAGGCAUGCAGUUUAGAGUUGGGUAGAGAAUCAUGUCAGACCUAUGCUAGAAGACUUGGUAAAAGAAGGAAGAAUUAAUGAGAAAUCAGUAGUAAUUGUUGACAAGCAAGCGGGCACAAAGUGAGAUUUGCUACCUUAUAGAGAACAGAGAAGAUCACUGUAGAGGUGCACUUGCGACCUUUAUUUUAUCGAUGGUGUGGUUUUUGCAGGAAGCUCAGAGUUUUCAAAUUAGGGAAGACAAAGUGGUGUGUAAGGUAGACAAAGUGGUGGGGGCUUUCAACCCUUUUGCCAUUCACCAGCUGGAGAGAUCAGUGGUUGAGGGUGGUUUGCCAAGGAGAAGAAGAAGAAAUAAUAAGGAGAUUGCAGCCAGCUUUGGUUUCCCAUUUAUCCUCAAUUCAUUUAAUUAUGCAAACAUUUAAAUUUAAUCGCAAUUAUAACUUGUAUU